AUGUCUUUUUAAUUCCUUAAAAUAUGUUUUAAUAAUGAUCUCAGAAGAUUAAGAAUUUUAAAGAGAUUUUUGUUUUACAAUGUCUAAUCAAGUGAAUUUUAUAGAUUAGAAGAAAUAAGAAAUGAAAUGCUCAAUAUAAAGAUUGAAGAUAAAGAAUAAGUUAAAUAAACAGCUGGAACAACAUCUUGGGUCUUGUAUUUAAAAAAGAGAUAGUAAAAAAAAUCAAAUUGGUAUUGGUGGUGA